AUGGACGAGGAGGAAGUUCUUUCUGUAGAUGACAUCGACAUCGAAAGCCGCCCAGACUCGCCUCAAGAACCCGACAAACGAACUGGGACAGGUCUUACUCUUGUCCUCCCAUCUCUUAAAUCCCUUCAGCAGGCGAAAGGAAUCAAAAAAGGGAAAUCCAAAGCAGCAUUCACUGGAUACGUUGAAGAGAAACCGAAGAAACCACCGCGUCCUGCGAAACUUAAACCACUGAAAGAGGUGCUCACGAAACUUAUAGCCAAUAUUAAGAAGAAAGAUGAUUAUGGCUUUUUCUUGGUACCUGUCAACCUCGAGCAGGUCCCUGGUUACACGGAUGUGGUAAAGAAUCCCAUGGAUUUUGGUACUAUCACCAACAAAGUUGCUCGAGGCAAGUACCGGUCACUAGACGAUUUCACUAAUGACGUCCGCCUUGUAACGUCAAAUGCGAAGCUAUUUAACCCUCCGGGCACUAUUUAUCAUACAGAAGCAGAGAAACUAGAGAUCUGGGCACUUGAUCAUAUCGAGAAGGCAUCGGGCACUGUGAUACAGUACGAGUUGGACUGGAACCUCGAUCCCGAAAAGGAUAAUGCUGGCGAGGUCAAUGUUGACGAUGACAAUAAUCCAACUGUACCUUCCGCUGCCUCUGCAGAUAUGAGCACUCCCGGUCCCUCCGACUUACUGGAAAUAGCAGGCGUACGACGGAGCACUCGUGGACCGUACAGGAAGACCAAUGCAACAAAUGCUACUACACAAAAAGGUGUCCUUGAAAGCAUCGAUGCAGAAGGUAGACUUCCAGGCUCAAAGGACGGCCUUGGCGCGUUUCCGCCGGGGUCCGAUCUUGCGAAAACAAUGCUGGAUUUGAAAUUGAAAGGAAAGCGAUACAAGACGAAGAAAGAGAGAAUGCGUAUAGAAAAGGAGGGGCCUCCAUUUCGUUCAGACGCAAGUCUAGACUACUAUAACAUGGAAGAUCCGUUUCUAGUGUUCAUGAACCUCGUUCCUACUCCUUUUUCUCGGCCUCUGCUUACACCCAUAUAUACCUCUCCCUCAACGAGUCAAUCACAAACCAACGUAACCCAGUCCCUACCCAAUCAUCCUUCGAAGUCUCAAACACCACAACCCUCUAGCAGCUUCCCGAUUCCUACGACCGUGCCUAUCAAUCGACCGUUGUACAAACCAAUUCCUCAUAAAGGUCGGCAUUGGGUUGUUACGCGUAAUACGAAUUACCGUAGAGGCAAAGACAAGGAGGAUGAAAUGGAUGACUUAUUUGAAUCCGAUUGGAAGGCUUCUCGAGAAGCACACGCUCUGGACUUUGGAUCGUUCGCUCUGCUGGCAGGUGAAUUGGCAGAAGAGAUGAAGCGACGUGGGAUACCAGGGGACGACGAGCAAAUGACGGCCGAAAUCAUCAAAGAGAGCUUAGACUGCGGAGCUUCAGCUACCAAUGUAACUAUAGGAGCAUCGGUACCACGCGACGCAUCACAAUGGUUUACAACACAAGCUCCUGACGCCGAAGACUACAUCCGUGAUGUUGUUUAUGGCGGCACAGAGGGUUUUGCCUAUGUUCGAAGUUUGGCUGAGUUUGUUACUCCUCCUGAAGUGAGUGUCAUUGAUGCUUCCCCACUUUAUAUACACAAUGAAAUUUCCAGGACAUUGAUGGUCUGGACGACACUGCCCUCGGGGCGCCGCUUCUAA